AGUGUGAGUCCCUCAUAAGUCAUCAGAACUGCGAGGGAUCCAGAAGAGAAAGAGAGACCAGACGAGGCUGCAUCUGCACUGAAGAGCCGAGAACAUACAGGACACAGCCAAGGGUCCAGAACGAGAUCGCUGACCUGACAUGAUGGAGGUGGUCUUGAACAGACUGCGGGACUUCUCCUGCAAGACCUCCACCUUUGACGACUGCAAACCGGCAGGACAGAGUGCACGCAGGGAUCCUCGGAGCAGGACCGGGUGCACAGCUGGAGAGGAAGGCAGAAAACUGGACAUAGAGAGCGCGCUGGCAUGGCUGCGAAGGGAACUGAUGGAGAUGCGUUCCCAGGACCAAGCUCUGAUCCGGCAGCUGAUGGAGCUUCACUCCGGCAUCCAGGAGCUCAAGCAGGAGUUGUCUGAGGAGGAGCAAGAUGAAGAAACAGAUGAGGAGGGAGAGGAGGAGGAGGAGGAAGGGGAGGGCAGCUAUUGGGACUCUGAGAGCGAAAGAGGAAGUGGCAGCGUCUACUUCGGCUCAGGGGAGGUGGGCUUCUCCAUUUCCUGCCUGAAGACGACUCCGACCCUUUACACAAAGGUUUUAUCGAAGAGGUCCUUCAACCGGAGGAGCUCUGUACCAUGAAAAUUCUAACUAUUAGAAGAACUUCAACUCUCUCCUCAACUUCCUCAUAUCCUCUAAGGCAGUCGAAAGGUGGAGCAAGAUAGAUAUUUGCAGUUUCCCACCAUAAAACCCCCCCCUCCCUGUAUUUUGUUUUUCUAGAGAGAAGUCCGACAGGAGGAUGAGUGGAGUUGAGGAAAGGAAGAGGAAAGAGAUAUAGGUCACUCUAAUGGCUUCUUUAGCUUAUUUGAUUCUGUUUUCAUAACUAAAAUAUGACAUUGUGAAGUAAAACACAUCAAUUUCUGACAGAAAGCUAUGAACUGUUUUUGGAAAUACAAUUAUACACCUAAAAAGUCUGUAGUGUCCAGUCUAAAUUAAAGUCCUAUCUCACUCGCCAUGCUGCUGUCUAGCUGCUGGAGCACCACCGGAUUUAAGAGCAGCUUCUUUCCUCAGGCUGGGAGACUCCGUAAUUCAUCCUCCACCUUACAUAUAAUGUAGCUUUGUUUUUUGUGUUUUUCUUAUGGAGCAAAAUGGGACUAUACUGCAUUUUGCUGCACAACCCUGUUGUACAAUGACAAUGAAUAACCUGCUAACCUGCUAAUAACCUGCUAAGAGUUAUGCAUCCAGCAUUUGGCUAGCUUUGCUUAGCAUAAAGACUGGAAACAGAGGGAGCAGCUAGCUUGACUCUGUACGAAUGUCAACUUCAGUUUUUGUACAGAUUAAACAAAUAAGAUACAAAUGCGUUAAUUGGUCAGCUUUAGAGGUGCUAGUAGAUGGAUUUUAUUGACUCGGGACAGAGCCAGGGAAACGCUUUCUCCCCCCCAUAUUUAGUCUUAAUGCUAAGCUAACCUAAGCAAAGCUAACCGACUGGUGGCUGCAGCUCCAUAUUUUAUGGACAGGUAGUCAAGAGUGGUAUCGAUCGUCUCAUCUAAAUCUCAGAAAGUGAAAUUGAGUUUUUUUUUAAAUGCCCAGCUAUUCCUUUAAGUUAGUACAAGAUCUGUGUGACAGAGGAUACUAUAAGUCCUGUAUUAAACAUUGACUUAAAGGCAAUCUUUGCUGUCUUUGGUUAGAAUUGAAUGUGAGAGAAACAUGUCCUCUCUAUGUAAACAAACAUUAGCCGGUGAUUCAGAUCAGAGCUGAAUCUAUACAGAUGUUGAGUUAUGAAUUUGCGGGUUUAUAUGUAUUGAUUUUAUGAAUGUGUAAGUGCUGGAAGCUCGCUGACCUUUUAACGACAUGCAACUGCAUGCACAAUGGAUUAAAUGCAGCAGCGGGUUCAUUGCAUUGUUAUUGCCCACAUGCAGCGAUGAAGCAUUUUGUUGACAGUGACAUUGUUCCAUGUAUUUGUGAAUAUCUAUUUGAGAAAGUAUUAUUAGGAUACAUAAGCUAGUACAGCGAACCAAUAUGUAAAUCUAUGUUUUAAAAGAUAACUGGUGUCAGAUUGUUUGUGUAUAGAAGGUAUUUGUGAAAGGAAUAAACUAGAAUUUUUUUGGGAGUUAACAACCAUACCUGAACUUCUAGCUCUAUGUUAAACAGAUACUGUACCGUAUGCCGUGCAGUAUUCCAGCACAAUAAAGAUAUGAAACCACUCAUGGUGCAAAUUUAAUUUUUUUGUCAAAUCACAAAACAAUGGGACAAAAGUGUUUUUCAUUUUUACAUUCAUAAUGCCUUGUUUUCUGACCUAAAGUAACAAAACGUGUACAAAAAGGUUUCUUUAAUACAACUUUAUAUAAGUACAAAGCAUCUAAUAUUAACAAUGCCAGCAUCACAGAACAGAACGCACAUUUUGUCCCACUCUUACUUUACGUGCAACUGGUGUCUAUUAUU